CGGCGCCGGGCGGAGCCAGCGCGCAACGGGGCCGCACCGGGGCGCACCGGAUCCGGUGCCGGGAGCGGUUGUAGGGCCGGUUAUAGGGCCGGGCACAGCCAUGCUGAGCCGCCUAGGAGCUCUCCUGCAGCAGGCGGUGGAAACGCGGGAGCCCAGCGUGGACCUGCUGGAGGCGUUCGUCGAGCACUGGAAGGGCAUCACCGGCUACUACCUGGAGGCUACGGACGAGAGCACCCCCGCCAAGCGGACCGACAUCCCGUGGCGCCUCAAGCAGAUGCUGGACAUCCUGGUGUACGAGGAGAAGCAGCGGCCGGCGGGGGAGGCCGGGCCGUGCCUCGAGUACCUGCUGCAGCACAAGGUCCUGGAGACCCUCAGCACGCUGGGCAAGGCGGAGUACCCCCCCGGGAUGAGGCAGCAGGUCCUCCUCUUCUUCAGCCGGGUGCUGGGCCAGGUGCAGCACCCUCUCCUGCACUACCUCAACGUGCACAGGCCGGUGCAGAAGCUGCUGCAGCUCAGCGGGCACCCCCUGGGCUCGGGCACGGAGAAGGAGGAGGCGCAGUUCGCGGCCGUGCUCUGCGCCAAGAUCCAGCAGGAUCCCACCCUGCUGGCCUACAUCCUGGAGGGUAGGAGCAUCCUGAGCGGGAGGAAGGCUCGGGAGCCGCCCGGCAGCCCCGAAGGAGAGGGUGCAGAGCAUCCCCUGGGCGCUGCCACCGGCUGCCCCCCGGCACGGAGGGACAGCAACCUCGUCACCUCCUUGGUGGGGCUGUGCAAGAGCCAGAAGAGCAGGGUCGCGCUGAAGGCUCGGGAAAACUUGCUCCUGCUCGCGGGGCUCGCCCACGAGGCGGCCGCAGCCUGCCUGGUGCGGAGCAGCGCCCUGCGCCAGCUGCUGACCGAGCACCUCUGCGACCUCCACGGCGCCGUCCCACCCUGCACGGACCCCGCCGACGUCCUCGCCAUGGGGAGGGCCAGCUGGAGGUCGCAGGGGGAUGCCGGCGGUGACGGGGACUUCCCGGGGAAGGAGAGCCUGGUGGCUUUUUUCUGCUGGCUGGAUUACCUGGACGAGCUCGUGGCCGGCGCCCACCCGCUCGUGGCGGCUGCCGUCACCGAGGCCGUGGAGGAAAAAUUCUUCCAGGGCGUCCUGCAGCCGCAGCUGCUGCAGAUGUCGGAGCUCGCCGUCCUCAGCGCCACGGCCGUGCUGACGGGCACGGUGCGGCAGCUCCGCGCGCCCCCCCUGCUGCACCGCCUCGUGCUCUUCCUGCUGGGCCCCGAGCGGCGCCCCGAGACCCCCGGGGACCCCCCCCACCCUCUUCGCGCCCACCUCAUCGACCGCUGCGACCACCUCUCCGACGAGAUCAGCCUGGCCAGCCUGCGGCUCUUCGAGGAGCUCCUGCGGGCGCCCCACGAGCAUGUGGUGCUGAGCCUGGUGCUGAGGAACCUGGAGGCGCGGGGCUACCUCCAGCACGGCCCCCCCGUACCCGACGAGCGCGGACCCCCCGAGCCGGACCCCGAUGAGGACGGGCUGGACCUGGAGGAGGAUGAGGAGGAUCCUUACUUCACCGACGGCUUCCCCGAGAACGGCUUCGGGAUGGCGAAAAAGCCCCCGGGGGGAUCGUCCCCCCCGGGGAAGGGGCACGUGAGCGAGGUGGUCAGCAGCUUCCUCUGCCUGGUCCCCGAGGAGGCGAAGACCUCCUCAGGCGGCUACGACACCUACGUGCACGAUGCUCUGGGCAUGGUGAGGGGUUUUUUUGGGGGGGUCUCGGGGCCAGGGGGUGCUCGCCCCCCCACCCCCCCCUUUCUGCUCUCACCCCGCUCCCUCCCCGUCCGCCAGGUCCAGGCGAGCCGCAGCAAGGCGGCCUCGUGGGGGUGGCCCACGGCCCCCCGGCCCCUCGAUGCCUGCCCCCCCGAGGGGCAGUUUUACGAGGGGCACUUCCUCAAGGUGCUGUUUGACCGCCUGGCGCGGAUCCUGGACCAGCCCUACAGCCUGAACCUGCAGGUGACCUCGGUGCUGUCCCUCCUGGCCGCUUUCCCCCAUCCCCACCUCCACGAGUACCUCCUGGACCCCUACCUCAGCCUGGCGCCCGGCUGCCGCUCGCUUUUCUCCGUCCUCGUCAGGGUGAUCGGGGACCUGAUGCAGAGGAUCCAGCGCGUGCCCCACUUCAGGGCCAAGCUGCUCCUGGUGCGCCAGCAGCUGCUGGGGCUGGUACCCGGCGAGCAGAUGGAGCACGCGACGCUCUUCAAGGGGGUGGUGGUGCUGGAGGAGUUCUGCAAGGAGCUGGCUGCCAUCGCCUUGGUCAAGGGCCCCCCCGAGGGCCCCCCCUGAGCCGCUGCGCCCCGGACCCCGCCGGGAGCCCCCUUCCCUCGGCCGGGCUGCGGGGGCUGCUGGGGACAGAUGGAGAGGGGUCCCCGACCCCGGCACGGCCCCGCUCGGAGCGGCACGACCCCAAAACGGGGACAGCGGCGGCACCCCGGCCCCGUGGUGUGGGAGAGGAUUCGUGGAGCCCUUUGGAAACGGAGGUGCGCUGAGCCCCGGGCAGGAUGCAGCCCUUCGGAGCACGGCGUGCGCCCUGCUGCUCGUCCUCGUCCUCGUCGGGUUCCUGCUCCCCGCGUUGGAGCUGCCCAGGAGCCCCUGCAGCCCUCGGUGGGUUUUUCUUGGGAAGAACUGGAUGCACGAGCACAGCUCCCCGAGGGGCGGCCGGCUAACGAGGCGGGUGCUGGCCCCAGGGCUAAUUACAGCCCCUCGUUUGCAUUAGGGGCAGGGUGUGCGUGGGGGCGCUGGGUUUGUGCGCGCCAAGCUGAGCGCAGCCGGCACCGCGUCUCCGAGCCGCGGGACGCAAUAAAGCCCUGAGCUGGGA